AUGGACAAAACUGUUCACAUUGACGACUCUCAUGUCGCUCAAGAUGUAUUUGGUUGUUCUGCGGAAUGCCGAGCUCAGUUUUUGACUGUGCUGGCAUCCAGCGACAGGAUGCUCAAGACAAUAAUAUGUCAGACGCUCCCAGAUGAACACGGAGGCGGAAGAGAUGAUUUUCAUAUUCCUUAUUAUUGCGGCUCACAACCAUGCAAGAUCAACGGCAAGGACGACGCUGAUCAACAAUUCAUCAUCAGUCGACUUAUCAGCGUUUGUGAAAGCGAUGAACUGUUCAAAUUGGCACCGCCAGAUCAGGAUCACGCCGUCUCAGAUGACGAACAGGAACACAUUCAUCGACCAGAGAAACUUUUCACUGCACCAGCCGUUGCUUUCCCAGCUGCAACUCCGUCAGAAUCCGUCAAAGAAGGGUUCCAUACGGUCACAAUUAAAGACCGCUUCUCUGGUAUUCCUUCUGCAGUACCCGAUUUGACCGCUUCAGACCUCUCUGCCACUCAUUUGGCUACCCCAACAGAGAGCUCAAAGUACCAGCAUCAGCAGAGGUCAACCGUCGCAAACCAAGUAUCCUCCACCACGAAAGUCACCAUCGGAAUAUCCGUCAUGGUUGGGGUUCUUGUCAUUAUUGGCUUCAUCCUGUGGCACCUGAGAAUGAACAUACGCUUCCGCAACAAAAAACGCAUCAGUCGUCCUAUGAAAUCCAGCAGCCCUCCCGCCUCGCCGCUCAUUUCGCCAUCGAGCUCGCAUACCGCACCGCCAAAGGCCCCAUUGACGCCGCCUGCACGACUUCAAGAGCGCCGUUUCUUGCUUCCGCGCGCAUUGAGCCUUGGUCGUACCAAUCAGCAUCGUCAAUAUCAAGACGUAUCCGUACGGGAUAAGGCCGGAAUGCCGUUGACGCCGCUUUCGCCUCUCUCGGUGUCCAGAGUGAGAAGAAGCCCCGGAGAAGGCGAGCGCCGGGGCAUAACGGCAACGACAACGAUUUCACUUACUACUUCUCCGACCAGACCGCGUAGGGACGACACUCCGUCAGAAUCCAGCAUUUCCAGCGUCUUCAGUCAUGUUAGCACAGCCAGGGCCACGUCGAAUGCAUCCACAAGCUCGGCACCAAAUAAUUAUACUAGUGUCACGGCUGCCGAAUCUCCAAGGCUGCCGUCGCGUGUAUAUGAAGUAUCGCCAACCGUUGGCCGUUUGGCAAGCCCUGGGCCGCCUCCUACUCGGGCGCUUCCCAGUCUCCCUCUGGAUGGCCGAGCUAGUCCCUGGAAGCCGCCUCUGUCACCCACCGGCCUGGCCCGAAGAGGUUCGCCGAGCAUCGAGUCUAUAUCAGAAUCAUCUAUUGGUCCAAAGUGGCUCGAGGGGAUCGAUGGAGGUGCCUUUGAAGUCACCGAGAAGGGUGAGGCAUGUGAGGAGCCCGUUGUUGAAUGA